CGAUCAGUUAACCGCUAGUCACCCGCGCGCGCGGAGUUCGUUCUUUGGUUGUGCGUUGUUGCGGACGUUGUUUUGCUCGCUUUUCGAACUGAAAUCGGUUAAAAAAGUGCAUCGAGCAAAGUUUUCUUUAUAUUUUUUAUUCACAAAUUUGCGGAGUGUGUCGUAGUGAAGGUGCCCAGGUGAUAAAUGAAAUCAAAAAAUCUAAAAUCCCAACAACACGCCGGUUGUUAAGGUGAACAAAGAUAUUGCUGCUUUAGCUUAACUUAAGCAGUCGAUGCAUGCGUCGCGUUUCGGUAUUUGAGAAAAGGCAACCGGCAAAGUGAUGACAAAUUUGAGCACAGUUUCAUCUACAUAAUUACAAAACAUACAUACAUAUAUGUACAUACAGUGUAUGUAAAUACAUAAGUGAAUGUGAAUGCCAAAUAAAUACAAACAUAUGUUAAAUGCAGACAUACGCAUGUUGUAUGUAAUCAUUUCGAUAAAUAUAUAAUUGGCAACAAAAUGAAUUCCAGCAAAGAGGCGAAAAGUGCUGCAAAGGGACAGAAAAAGCUACAAAAGAUAAACAAUAAAAAGCAGAAGCAACAGCAACAACAGCAACAACAACAACUAGUUAAUGGAAUAGCGAAAAGUGCGAAAGCAGCAACAAAAACAGACGAAGCGAAGCCCAACACUCGCAACAACUACAACAACAACAACAACAAUAACAACAACAAUAAUAAUAACAAUAAUAUUAGCCAUAACAAUAACAAUAACAACAGCAGCAGCAAUAAUAAUAAUCAUAAUAAUAGCAGCAUGGUGCAAAAUAACAACAACAGCAACAACAACAACAACAACCACAACGCAGUGUCUGCAACAACAACAGGAACAACAACAACAACAACAGGACAGACAACAACAACAACAACAUCGCAAUCGACAAACAUUACCCAAAAAUUCCGAGAGCAAUACGACGCCGAGCGACGAGCUUCGUUGCAACAACAACAGCAACAACAACAACAAUUAGCUGGCGAGCAUCUGCCCCUCAAGAUGGAGCGUUCGAAUAGCAUUCGUGGCAAGUUGUCGCGCUUCAUCAAUCACAUCACCGGAAGCAAGGAGAAUCUGGCACGUCACGAUGACUUCAAGGACGAGCACAAGGACAAAACGCCAUUUGCUUUCACGCGCAGUCGCUCGAUGAUUCUUCUGCGUCGUCCCAAUCGACGCAGCUUCAUUGAACCCCAGCUGGAGCAGCUCUCCGAGGAGGCAGAGAAAUCCGGUGAUCCACUCUCUCCCACCUCGCCACGCAAGAAUUCCCUGGCCAACGAGGAUUGUUCGCCCAUCCUCCGACGCAGAGCGGACACGGCAAGUUCGAUAAAGACGCCGGUGAGGCGGCAAUCGGCGCAGCCAUCGACUUCGACGCCGCUGGAGGAAUCGGAGGCGGAGUCGCCGAUGGUGCGUAAGCCGUCGCUGGUGUCGUUGACGCCCAGCGAGUUGGCCUACAAUCCGCAGCUGAACUUCCAAAAGCGACGCUCGAGCACAUUGAUUGCCUCCUUCAAGAGCACGUUCAGUGGACUCACGGGUGGAAAAGGCGACGGUGGUGGAGGAGGAGGGGGGAGUAGGUGGCACUGGUGGCAGCAGCAACAGCUCGAGCAGCGAUAA